AUGGAGAGCCGAAUGAAUCGAAAUUGCAGUAGAAUUCGUCAUUUCAGAGUCGACUUUACCUACCGGCCGGACCUGACUUGCAGAACCGGCCAAGGAGGCAAAUUUGGGGACCCAGCCGGACCUACCAGCCGGACCUGCCCAGUAGAACCGGCUGGAGGUCCGGUCAACUUACUGCCGGGACAGAAAUUCAGCCGGACCUGUAGCCUGACCUGCCCAGUAGAUCCGGUCAGCAGGAGUUGCAUUUUUAGCUAUCAACUUCGUCAUAAAUGGAGCACUGCAUUUAAUAAUGAUACAUUUCAUUGUGGUAUUAAAUCAACAUCUCGAAGUGAAGGCACAAAUCAUGUUCUUAAUGGACUUGGUGAUAAAACAACAUCGUUAUUUAAAUUUGUUGAAGGGUUUGAAAAGAUGACUAAACGAUGGCGUGACCAAGAGGGGGAUGAAGAUUUUAACUGCACUAAUGGAGUUCCAUCAUGUGCCAUUAAAGAAAGCCUUAUAUUGAAACAAGCUUCAAUAGUUUACACAAAUAAGAUAUAUAAACUUUUCUUUGAGAAAGAAUAUCUCAAAGGCACCGGAGCAACAAACUAUGAAGAAACAGCUUGUGAGGGAAAUUUAUAUGAAUACAAAAUGUGGACUCAUGGUGCAAAGGAAAAUAUGGUCAGUACUAUCUUCUUUAAUUUGGAUACUUUGGAAGUGAAUUGUAGUUGUAAGAAAUUUGAGUCAAUGGGUAUUUUAUGCUCUCAUGCGUUAAAGGCUUUUGUCACAAAAAAUAUAACUAAAAUUCCUGAAAAGUAUGUAAUUCCGCGUUGGACGAGAAAUGCGAAAGAGAGAAAACAUUUGUUGGAGAUAGAAAAAUCAGUACAUGAGAUUAGCGAGUCGGAAAUUAUUUAUAGCAAGCGGGCAAUGAGAAGUGCUUACGACUUGGUUUCUCGUAGUAGAGAAAAUGAAAAAGCCAGAGCUAUUAUAUAUCAGUUAUUUGAGGAGGGACAUACGAGAUUAGAUGACUACUUCAAAAAUGAAAAUGCUGAUAUUCAAUUUUCAUGUAGAAAGAAUCUUGCAAAAAAAACUCUUUUAGACUCGAAAGAUGAUUAUGAGCAGAUUUUGAUGGACCCUCCUAGAGUAAGGACAAAAGGUGAUAAAGGGGAAAGAAUAAAAAACCACUGGGAAAAAAGAAAGAAGAAGCCAACAUGCUCCAAUAUUACAAGUAAUUCUAUGGUCUUUUCUGUAGUGUUUGUGCAGUAG